CUCCGUACGAAAGAUUCAAUCCAUAUCCGUUUUGGCUCCAUAUCAAGAAAAGAUGUCUGCUCUCGAGAGGCAAGCUUUGAAGUCCAAGAUUGGCGGUUUGCCGCCAAUGCCUCCAUCGGGAGUUGGAAGAGGAGUGCCAAAGAGGAAUCUGAUGAGGAAGAAAGAUUAUACUGCAGUUCACUGGGAUAAGUACUUUGAUCAGAAACAUGAUGUCCAAGUUGGUGAAAAUAUAUUUCGAUUAUAUGAAUGUGGAACAUCUGGACCAGUUCUACUCUUUCUACAUGGCGGUGGAUUUUCUGCUCUGUCAUGGUCAUUGGUGUCGUCCACACUCUGUCAGUUGGUGACCUGUAGGUGUGCUGCGUUAGAUCUUCGAGGGCACGGUGACACAUCUUCCACAGAUGAUAAUGACCUUUGUGCAGAGACUCUGUCCAGUGAUGUUGGUGAUGUUGUUACAUCCUUAUAUGGAGAUGAGCCACCACCUAUAAUCCUGAUUGGUCACAGUAUGGGAGGAGCUAUUGCUGUUCAUACUGCUGAAAGAAAACUUAUUCCAUCAAUAAUUGGCCUUGUUGUGAUUGAUGUUGUUGAGGGCACUGCGAUGGAUUCAUUGAACAGUAUGCAGAGUUUUCUGCGUGGAAGACCAUCUACAUUUAAGUCCCUGGAGCAUGCUAUUGAGUGGAGUGUUCGCAGUGGACAGAUAAGAAAUCUUGACUCUGCCAAGGUGUCCAUGGUUGGGCAGGUAAAGCGACUUGAUACUCAGGAAACUGCUACAUCAGAAAUGGAUCAAAGUACCGAAUCAGAGGUUAGCACAUCAGGAUCAAGGGUUGGUGAUACCAUACAGGAGGAAGAUGAAGAUGGAGAAAGUGUAUCCCCACCAGAAUCUCAACAGUCUAGCAGCUCAGAUCAUUUCAAAUCACCCAAACCAUCUAUGGAACACACAUCCCAGUACACAUGGCGGAUAGAUCUAGGGAAAACAGAAAAGUACUGGAAAGGUUGGUUUCAAGGCCUUUCUCAACGGUUUUUAUCCUGCGAAGUUCCUAAAAUGUUGGUUCUUGCAGGUGUUGACAGACUAGAUAAGGAUUUAACAAUUGGACAAAUGCAAGGUAAAUUUCAGAUGCAGGUUUUACCACAGAGUGGUCACGCUGUCCAUGAGGACGUUCCAGAUAAGGUAGCUGAUAUUUUAGCAACAUUUAUGGUGAGGUAUAAAGUGGCUGAGCCUAGAGACAAUUUUCAAAGGUCCUUCCCUGCCUGUUGAUGCUCACUUUAGUCCAUGUUAUGUGGAACUUCAAUACUGAUGGUUGUGUAAAGAGUCUGUGCUACUCAUGUGUGACAGUCCUGCCAAACAUUUGGUGGGUACAGUGUUCUAUAUUCAAACUCAAAUGCUGACAGCAGCAUCUGGAUACUUCUUAAUCAGGAAGCAUUGCUCUACUGGAUCCUACAACUGUAUAUUGUGGACAGGAGGUUAAGGCACGGAAAUCAACCGAGUAGGUGUUAGGGAAGUGUUGUGUGGGUAAGGAAGUGGUACUGUACAGUUAUACAGUGUAGGUAUGUGUGAUAGAUACAGGACGCAAUAGAGUGUUGUUUCAUCCUACCACAUAGAAAAAAACAGCACUGUGCUGUUAUAAUGCACUAUCAGGAUAUAUUUACGGACACAGAGUGUGACUCUAAUCCUCCUCAUCCACUACCUGUACAUCUAUUUUACAUGGACUGUUGCACGUGGGAGUUGAGGGAACUCCGUCACUACAAGGGUUCAGAAAACAUUUCUAUAUGGAUGGAGGACAACCCUUUGUUUUGUUCAAGAGGCAUAUGGUGGAACAAAUUUAUUGUUUGUUCUGAAAAGUACAUUAUUUCAUUUUUUCUCUUUACAAAAGAAUGAAUUUAGUAGAGUAAGUCUUUAUUCACCAAGUGAACAAACAUAUGUGUUUAGCCUGAAUUAUUGCAGAGAAUGCUAAAAUCAAACAUUUUGCUUUGAAGCUUUACUACUUAACUAUCGGUAUUCAGCAAAAGUUGAUAUGCAUCAUAUCAUCUCCAAGAGGGCCAGAUGUUGAAGGGAAAGAGAGAUAAUAAUUCAUGCGAAUGAAUGAUUUUAUCCUGACAUGAGUGGAAGAAAGACCAGUGACCAUUCACUACUGAUGAGAGCAGGUUAAUUGUCAGAUUUGUCAUUUCUACACUUUACCAGCUGUGACCGGUAUCUGAUUUACCAUCUAGUCAUACAAAAUGUACCAAAGUACUGCUAGAAGCACUAGCUGGACUGUGGACAAUUAAUUCUUAUCAAUGUUAAGUUCAAGCAACUUAGAAUACAGUCGUAAUUAAUUUACCUAGAUUCAUAACCUCUGCACGAUUUGGAAUUAUGUCUCCCACUAGUACCCACAGAGGGAACUUGGGUUAGUAUAAUAAUAAAAUAUUUUAAAAUUCGCUUUGAUAAAAUGUA